GUUCCUGAAGUGUCUUUGAUAUGGAAUAGAUCACACUGGUGUUUCAGAGUAUUCAUAUGUUUAACUUUAAGCAAGUACAUAUUAGAUAAUUAACCAAAAAGUAAAAGUGACACUAGGUAAAUCAACCUUGCGAAAUGAAAAGCUGCAUUUCCGUGUUUAUCGUGUUGGCUGCCAACAGUUUUUUAGUGGAAGUCUCGAGCAAAUGGCAUAGCAGGAGAAGCCUUGCAUUUACAAAGUUCAGGGGCUUUUCCUGGGAAAACUGUGGAAAGCCAGAUGACCCUACAUACGUGAAGAAUCUACACGUGUAUCCCAACCCAGUUCCUUCACCUGGAUAUGUAAUGGCAGCUGCAUCUGCCAACACAUCAGUGGAUCUACGCUCUCCUUUCCCUGUGAACGUGACACUGGAAAAAGACGUUGCUGGUGUGUGGGUGAAAGUACCUUGUGUUGAUGACGUAGGAAGUUGCUAUUAUCCUGAUGCCUGUGAGCGGCUGGCCCAGCUCUUUAUGACAUUCCCAGAACUCUGUCCUCAACCUAAACGUUCAUCUAGCGUCCCCUGUGGCUGCCCGUUCAGAGCUGGUGACUACGAUUGGCCAUCAUCUGGUAUUUACAUACCAAAUUUUUCACUGCCUACCAAGCUGACCAAUUUUAAAUUACAGAUCAUUUUAGGAAACUCUGAAAGAGAGCUGGGAUGCCUUAAAGUCAACUUCUCUAUAGCAUCAGUACUGCGCAACCAACACAAUGAAAUGUAGUUGUUGCUGUCGUAUAGCAGUCUGGUCUUUUCUUGGCUUUUGGGAAAGUGUCAAAAAAAGCCAAAUGUGCAGAACUAAUCUUUUUACAGUCAAUUAAAAUGAACACUUCAACAAGCAAUUUACAUCACAUGACCCCAUUUUCAAUUAAUUAAAGGAGAAGUCCACUUCCAAAACAAAGAUUCACAUGUAAUGUACUCACCCCCUUGUCAUCCAAGAUGUUCAUGUCUUUCUUUCUUCAGUUGUAAAGAAAUUAUGUUUAUUGAGGGAAACAUUUCAGGAUUUUUC